GGGGCCACAAUGGGGAUCUCACCUGGACAGGUGGUGCUAGUUGUUGUCCUGACAGGGCUGCACCUCGCAUGCUGCUCUAAGCUCAACGUCCCAAAACUGCUCCUGCCAUAUACCCGAGGAACCCGGAUCAACUACACCCUGGAGGUGACUGAGGGCUGCUACAAAUGGUCAUCAACUAGACCUGAAGUUGCCAGCAUAGUUCCAUUAACCACUGAUGACCAGCAAUGCUCACAUCGUGCUGUGGUACAAGCGCAAGCAAAUCAUCCUACACGGCUAACCAGUAUCAUCUUUGCUGAAGAUAUAUACACUGGACAGGUUCUACGGUGCGAUGCGAUCGUGGACAUAAUUAAUGAGAUUCAAAUUGUGUCGACUACAAGAGAACUUUAUCUGGAGGACUCCCCACUGGAGCUCAAAAUACAAGCUCUAGAUUCUGAAGGUAACACAUUCAGCACUUUAGCUGGGAUGGCCUUUGACUGGGCAGUAAUGAAAGACACAGAAAUGGAUGGUUACACCGAUUCACAUAAUACCUUGAGGAUUUUGAAAUUUUUGGAGUCCACCUAUGUACCUCCAGCCUAUAUUACAGAAAUGGAGAAGGUUGCAAAGCAAGGUGACACUAUUUUAGUGUCUGGACUGAAAACUGGAAGCUCAAAACUCAGAGCGAAAAUGCUUGAAUCCGUGUAUGAGAAAGUGAAUCCAGCGAAGGUUCGGCUUCUUAUUUUAGAGAACAUCCUUCUUAAUCCUGCAUAUGAUAUUUACUUGCUUGUGGGAUCUUCUAUCAAAUACAAAGUGCAAAAAAUCAAACAGGGAAAGAUCACAGAUUUGUUGAUGCCAUCAGAACAAUACACAUUGCAGCUUCAGAACCAUUUGCCUGCCACAGGGGGUAAUAAAUAUGAUCCGGUGGCUAAGCUGGACCAGAGAAGAUCUAAAGUGACAGCCUUGCAGGAGGGUCAAACCGACAUUGUGCUUCUCCAUAAAAAUAUCCGCAUGCAAGGUGCUUCUCGAUUACCGAAUGGGACCAUAUUUGUGGUGGAACCUGGAUAUUUAGGAUUUACUGUAUAUCCUGGAAAUCAAUGGGUUCUUGAAACUGGAAGAUACUAUGAAAUAACCAUUGAUGUGUAUGACAAGUCCAGCAACAAGGUCUAUUUAUCUGAUAAUAUACGCAUUGAAGCCAAAAUACCAAAGGAAUACUUUGAGGUUCUGGAAAGUUCGCUGAAUGGGUCGUACCAUCACGUGAAGGCCUUGAAAAGUGGUCAGACAGUAAUUGACGCCGCUUUGACAUGUAUGGUAGAUGAAGAUGGAGGUGUUCAUGUGCUGGCAAAUCCAGUGAGGAACCAGCAAGAGGUGGAAAUCUAUACCCCGAUUACAAUUUCACCCAAAAUUCUUACUUUUCCCUGGCAGCCUAAACCGGGAGCUUAUCAGUACAUAAUACAGGUACAAGGUGGAAGUGGAAAUUUUACCUGGUCCUCCUCAAAUAAUGCUGUGGCUACAGUAACUGUCAAAGGGUUGAUGACAACUGGAGAUGACAUUGGUGUUAGUGUUAUACGGGCCCGUGAUGUGCAAAAUUCUUUACAUUUUGGCGAGAUGAAGGUGUUUGUCAUCGAGCCCACUGGCAUGGAAUUCACUCCUUGUCCAGUUGAAGCCCGUAUAGGAAACAGCUUGGAGCUUCCUCUGAGGAUUUUCGGCCUCCUCAAUGGUGAUAAUGAGGUAGUUUCAUUGAGUGACUGCUCGCACUUUGACUUGUCGGUGGAAAUGGAGACUCCUGGAAUAUUCAACAUCCUGCCAGGUAGACUCAAGCCAAGUGUUGAUUUUUGUAGUGGUAUUACUGUACAAGGACUGACUGCUGGGUACUCAACUGUAUUUGUCAGCUACACUCAUGGCCAUAUAUAUCUAAAAGCCAAGAUCGUAAUUGCUGCAUAUCUACCUCUAAAGACUGUUGAUCCUAAGGCAGUAGCCUUAGUUACCUUGGGCUCCUCAAAAGACAUUUUAUUUGAGGGUGGCCCCAAACCAUGGGUACUCGAACCUCUGAAAUUCUUCAGGAAUUUAUCUACAGAAGACAACGAAGGCACUGGCCUGUUCCAUCUUGAUCCCCCUUCAUCUCGCAAUCAUUUCCAGCAUUGGGUUAGAGCAGUUUGCAGGGACCUUGGUGAACAGGUCAUUGCCUUGUCUGUAGGGAAUCAUCCCACAGAAACAAACCUGUUUCCAGCAGUAGAGAAUGUUGAAGUGAAGCUGGCCUGCUCCCUUCUCUCACGAUUCACUGUUACUCCUGUAUAUAAACAUUCCCAUAAGGAUCUUGUCUGUCCUCUGAUGCAGCAAAACAAACAAGUGAUUCCAGUUUCCAACUACCAAAACCAGUUAGUACAGUUAUCGGCUUAUGACCGUCAUGGAACAAAGUUUGAUAAUUUCAGCUCCUUGGCCAUUGAUUGGGACUCUUCCAAUAUUCAGUUGGCCAGUUUUGCUGCUGCCAAGCCCAUGACAUACAUUGAGAAGGAAGAUGCUAAUGGUCAACGGAAACGUCAUGGUCUUAACACAAUUCAUGUGCAUCAAGUAUCGGGAACGACGGUCAUUACUGCUACAGCUAACAGUUACCAGGAGUCUCAUCUAAAAGCAGCAAAAGUGAAGACCCCGUAUAAAACAUUGACCCCUGUGUCUGCCAGUCUGGAGCUUCUGCUUGUGGAGGAUGUUAAAGUGAACCCAGGAUCCAUUGCUAUUUACAAUCACCCUGAAAUCACGGCUGAAUUCACCAUCUCUGAGGGAUCAGGAUAUUUUUACAUCAACAGCAGCAUAUCUAAUAUUGUCAAAACGGUGUUUCAAGAAACAAAAGGAAUUGUGACAGUGUAUCCUUUGCGCCCCGGAACAUUGUCCAUCAUGGUUUAUGAUCUUUGUCUGGCUUUCCCAGCACCAGCUGCCGUCCAAGUUCAUGUAUCUGAUAUUCUGCUGGUGGAAGUAAGAGUUGUUGAUAAGGUUGAAAUUGGAAAGUCAGUAAAAGCCUAUGUGAGGGUCCUGGAUUCUUCUCAAAAACCAUUCCUUGCUAAAUAUUUUGCCUACAUGGAUUUGGAUCUUGGGUCUUCAUCUCACAUUGUGUCUUUUAAAGCCCUCGGUGAGAAGACUGACCCAUUUACAGCUGUCUUCAUUGUCCAAGGUCUGGCUAUAGGACAGACAAGUCUCACUGCAUCUGUCACAGAUAAAGCUGGUAACAGAAUUGAUUCUUCACCAAGAUCGCUUGAGGUCUUCCCUCCGUUCCGACUCUUGCCUCGGAGGAUUACAAUCCUUAUCGGUGCUACAAUGCAGAUCACAUCAGAAGGUGGCCCACACCCACAAUCAAACAUACUAUUUUCCAUCACAAAUGAAAAUGUUGCUUUUGUGAGCGCUAAUGGUCUGGUGAAAGGUGAAACAAUUGGCAAUGUAUCAGUAACUGGGGCCAUACAGGCCAUUGAUUCAGAAUCUGGAAAAGAGGUUAUUGUGUCAGAGGAUAAAGUAGAGGUUGAAGUAAUACAGCUGAAAGCUAUUCGGAUUCAUGCACCCAUCACCAGAAUGAAAGGUGGCACACAGAUGCCUGUUUAUGUAAUGGGAAUAUCUAGCAACCAGACACCUUUCUCAUUUGGUAAUGCUGUUCCUGGGCUUGUUUUCCACUGGUCUGUAGUAAAGCGGGAUAUCAUAGAGGUGAAAAGCCGACAUAACGAGGUGUCUGUUGAGCUUCCUGGACAGUACAACUUUGCCAUGAAUGUUUAUGCCAAAAUGAAAGGAAAAACUGGACUCAAAGUAAAUGUUCAAGUCACUGAUCCACUGGCAAAGCAGUUCUAUGGCCAGGCACAUGAACUCUCGGAUGAGAUUCAGAUUCAGGUAUUUGAACGAUUACAUUUAAUAAGCCCAAAUGUGGAGGCUGAGCAGAUAUUGAUGUCUCCUAACUCUAAACUGAGGCUGCAGACUAAUAGAGACCGAGCAGCGACUGUUAGCUAUAGGAUACUGAAUGGUCCAAAUAAGCCGUCUGUUGUACAGGUUGAUGAUAAUGGUUUGCUGACAUCAGGAUCUUUUACUGGUAUUUCAACCAUGGAAGUCAUCUCUCAGGAGCCUUUUGGAAUCAACCAAACCAUUAUUGUUUCUGUUAAGGUAUCUCCAAUUUCAUACAUGCGCAUUGUAACUAGUCCUGUCCUUCAAGUAGAAAGCAAUCACUUAUCUGCAAUUCCAUUGGGAAUAAUUUUGCAUUUCACAACCCGUUUCCAUGACAACACUGGGGACGUUUUUCAUGCUCAGAAUUCUGUUCUCAAGUUUGCAGUUAACAGAGAGGAUUUUGUACAAAUUGGUAAGGGACCCAAAAACGACAGUUUUGUCAUGCGCACGGUCAAUGUUGGAUACACUAUAUUGAGUGUGUGGGAUACUGAGAACCCAGGAAUCUCGGACUACGUCCCCCUACCUGUCCAGCACAGCAUUUACCCUAGUAUGAAGGAAGAAGUUGUGGUUGGUGACGUCAUUUGUUUCACAAGCACAGUAGCCACUCAGAAAGGUGUGGCUGGAACAUGGAGUUCUUCCUCUAGUUCCACUCUUCAGAUUGAUCCCAGGACAGGUGCUGCUUUAGCAAGAGAUUCUGGUUUUGUGACGGUUUAUUAUGAAAUUCCUGGGUUCCUUAAGUCUUACCGUGAGAUGUUAAUACGUUCUCCGCAGAGAACACAUGUGGUGGAUGCAAAUGGAGAGAAAAUCAGUUUCCAGGCUGGAAAUAUGCAUAAAUUCCUUGUUCACAUUGGAGAAAAUAACAACAAUUUGAAAGGAGAAUGUUCAGCAGCCCAGAUUGAAGUUAUUCAAGAUUUUCACCCAGAAAACAUGAUUAACUGCCACUUAAGGUUUAAAGAUCAGAAUCUUGACAUUCCAGCAUCUGAAGUCUUUUCGGCUAAUACUGGCUUUGACGUUGACUCAGGUCACUACAUCUGUUCCCUCAGCAGACAGAAGCUUUCGGAGGGCCAGCUAAAACAAAUCAUCAUCGGGGACACAUCACUUAUUGUAACAGCAUCCGUCCUGGGAAAUAUUGUGUACCAGGAGCAGACAAGUGCACAUGUUUCUGUCUAUCCUGGAUUUUAUACCAACCAGAAGGAGCUUCUUUUAAGCAGUCAUUAUCCUACCACCACUGUUAAGAUAUUUGGAGCUACUGAAUUGUUGAAAAACCUUGAGGUGAGAGUUCAAUCUUCAGUCAUUACUGUCUAUCAAAAUGAGAAAUAUAAUGGGGCGCCCAGCUUUGUAACUUACGAAGUUGGUAUAUCUGAUGUUCAGGUGUUAAAUCAGGGUUCCUUAUCUACCUCAAUAACCAUUUCCAGUUACAUGUCUGACCAAACCAUCAACAUCCCGAUUAAAUUGAUGGCAGCUACAGGCCCACUUAAUGUGCCUUAUACCGUGGGGACGGGCUUCUUCCAUCACUUUCUGAACUCUUACCAGAUGAUUUUCUUCACUCUGUUCACAUUGUUAGCAGGGGCUGCUAUAGCCAUUCUAGUAUUUUCACCAAAAGAGAAGAUUGAUCACCCAGCCUUUAGGUCUACAUCACCACCUCUGGCAUUAAACAAUAGUUUUGCAUCAUCCCCAUCCUUGCUUUAUCCCACCCAAGGAUCUCCAAGGAUGAACAAUUCACAACCACGAAUAUUGUGGAGUCCAGACUAUGCUUCCAACUGAGAACUCUGUGAUAUACCAAAGACCUCAGCUAUUUAAAUUGUGUGCCUUGAGUCACAUACGUCCCAUGCCAGACAGCAUGAGACCAAUAUUUUAUGCAGAUUGCAUUGCUUCA